AUGCCGAAGAGCGAGUCGGCGCCCCGCUUGGGAACGCCGCACGUCCGUGCGAUGCUCUGCUCAAUACCUUCCGGUUGCUUUUGGGUUUUGCACAUCCCGCCCGAGGGCGCGCCGCUCUGCUCGUCGAAGACCGCGCAGAAGUUCCCGGAGCUCCCAGUCGUUGACGUCAGCCAUCUUCAGAACGGGGUGGUGAGGGCUGUUUUCGACUGCGGUGAACGGAAUGGAGAAGUCCCCAACGCUAUCGUCGCGGAAGAACUGCUCCCCGUCUAG